GGAGGAGGAGGGAUGCGGUGCUGGGGAGGAGGAGGAGGCAAGCCCGGCAAUGGACGUCAUUGAGGGUGGAGAGCAGAGCAUGAGUGACUCAUCGUCAGACAUCGGUGAAGCAGAGGAGGCAGAGGAGGAGGAGGAGGGUGCGGUUGCGGGAGGGGCGUUCACGGUGGGCGACGUCGUGUGGGGGCAGAGCCAUGGAUGUGCUUCCUGGCCGGGGAAACUGGUGAGUGAGGCGGAGGUGGGCCGCUGCCACGCCCGCGAGCCGGCCACCCACGCUAACGGCAAGGUCUGGGUGAGAUGGUUCGGAGAUCACUCUUUCGCACAAGUCGAGCCAGACCAGCUGAAAUCUCUCUCAGAUGGACUGGAGGCUCAUCAUAGAGCUUGGAAAGAGCAGAGGAGGGCGCGGCGGAUGGACACGAACCUGCAGCUUGCGAUACAGGAAGCCAUGUCAGAGCUUGACCGUCAGCAGACGCCCAACGACAAGCUGGACCCCAACGACAAUGUAAAGGUCAGUGGAAGGGUCAGCUAGGGGUCAAUGACAGGUCAGUGGCAGGGUCAGCUACAAACUCCACGACAGAUGGCGCUCUCGCUCAUGGGCUC